AUGAGCGGACUAGCAGGAGCAACCAGAGCUGCGGCUCAAGCUAGCCGCGUCGCCAUCGUGACGGGCUCCUCACGGGGGAUAGGCCGCGCCAUCGCCCUCCGCAUCGCCCGCGACGGCUACGACGUCUGCAUAAAUGACAUCGCCGCCAACGAGGCCGGCUCUCACGACGUCGCCAAGCAGAUCCGCGAUCUCGGUCGCCGCGCUGUUGUUGCGACCGCCGAUGUGAGGAAGCUGAGUGAGGUGCAAGCCAUGAUUGAUAAGACGGUUGGGGAGCUGGGUCCGUUGAAUACCAUGAUUGCGAAUGCGGGGAUUGCACAGGUCAAGCCACUCCUUGACCUCACCGAGGAAGAAUUCGAAAACAUGUUCCGCGUCAACGUCUUUGGCGUACAGAACUGCUACCAAGCUGCCGCCAAACAGUUGAUCAAGCAAGGCAACUGCAAGCCCGAAACCCCCGGGAAGAUCAUCGGCUGCUCCUCCAUAGUAGGCUUCAAACCCUUCGCCCUGCUCUCGCACUACUCAGCCUCCAAAUGGGCCGUCCGCGGCCUCACCCAGGCCUCGGCCAUGGAAUACGCAGAGCACAACAUCACCGUCAACGCCUACGCGCCCGGCAUCGUCGGCACGGCCAUGUGGGACCUGAUUGACGAGAAGCUGGGCGAGAAGACGGGCGCGAAGAAGGGGGACACCAUCAAGAAAUACACGAAUGAGCUGAUUGCGCAGAAGCGGACGAGCGUGCCGGAGGAUGUGGCGAAGCUAGUGAGCUUUUUGGCGGGGCCGGAUAGCGAUCAUGUUACGGGGCAGACGCAGAUUGUUGAUGGGGGGAUUAUUUACACUUGA